AUGCCCCCAAAAUUUGCAGUCCUAGUUGAUCUAAGUGGCACCUUACAUGUGGAAGAUGAGCCGACCCCAAAUGCAGUGGCAGCGUUGGAAAAACUGCUAAAACACGAAGAAAUCGCUGUGAAAUUUGUCACAAACACAACAAAGGUGAGUUGUUUUCCAGAAUUUUGCAGUUUUUGCCUUUAGGAGAGCACUCGAAUUCUGAUGGAACGAUUGGCACGGUGCGGAUUCAAAAACUUGCAAAAAUCUCAAUUUUUCACUUCGCUUUCGGCCGCAAGACAACUGAUUGACCAACGAAAACUCAAGCCGCUGCUGAUGGUAGAUGACGCAGCUAUGGAAGAGUUCUCGGGGAUCGUUCAAAAUGGGGAAAUGAAUUCAGUUCUUAUUGCUCUAUCGCCCGGCCAUUUCAACUAUCAUCAUAUGAACACAGCAUUCAGAUUGCUGCUGCGGGAAGACACGGAGCUUAUCGCAGUUCACAAAGGGAGGUAUUAUCGACGGAGGGAUGGAUUGGCUUUGGGGCCCGGACCGUUUAUCGAAGCUUUGGAGUUUUCCAGUGGAAAAAAGGUAAAUUAAGGUUAUAAAAAGAUAAAUUCGAAAUGUAAAAGGGUAAAAUGCGAUGUAAGAUUACUAAAAUAGCCAAUGUUGCUGAUUAUUGAACCGAAAUAUGGCAGAAUUCACAGAUUUCCGUUUGAAUUUCCACUUUUUAUAUUAUCCACGGCAAAAAGUACUUGAAAAUCGAUUUUUGCUUUACAUGAUUAUUUUAAUCAUCCUUUUUCAGGCCCAUUUGGUCGGUAAACCCUCCAAAGACUUUUAUAACUCCGCUGUGGAUGCUAUUCGAAAAGAAACUGGAGUGAAAUUCGAGUCAACCAAUAUCUGGAUGAUUGGAGACGAUGUUAGGGACGACAUAAAUGGCGCUGUCGAUGCUGGACUCCAUGCAAUUUUAGUGAAAACUGGUAAAUUCCGGGAAACGGAUCUCAAUGAGUUGCCCAAGGGGGCUUUAGUGGCGGAGAACUUUGAAAAAGCCGUUGAAUUGCUUUUAGAAGCGUGUAAAUUACAAUAA